AUGUUACUGAAUGUUUAUUUCAAAGAUGGCGAGUGUGUUGACAAAUUGCCGAACUGUGCAAAGCUUGGAUGCGAGGGACCUGUCUGGAAUUCCUUUACUCGGUACUACUGUUUAGAUUACUGCGGAGUCUGUCCCGAUCUUCAUCUUCCAAACUGUGUGGACAUGGCGAGUAAUUGCAGUUUAGCUGCCAAAGCCUAUUGUACGGAUCCUAAUUACCAAGGCUAUAUGAGACUUCAUUGUCCGGCAUAUUGCGGAUUUUGUUCUCCACACAAUAGUACACAAGGUUCAGCAAGUUCAGUUUAUGGAUAAUACAUAUAUUUUGUGUCAGUGCCAGAUAAACUACAUGUAUAUGAAAUACAUAUCAUAAAACAG